CUUGUGAACUUCACCUGGCGGAGCUGCGACACGGAGGGAACAUGGCUGCGGGACCCGGAGCGCCUCUGCGGGUUUUGCUGCUCGCUCUGUGCUGCUCGGGAUUUAACAUUGACGAGCGCUUCCCCGUCAUCAAAGAAGGAAGGACCCGGGGAAGCUUCUUCGGGUUCUCGGUGGCUCUGCACAAACAGACGGAGGGAUCCAGGAGAUACCUGCUCUUAGUAGGAGCGCCUAAAGAGAAGUCCCUGUCGCUGAGAAACGUGAAUGAAACCGGUGCUGUCUACUCUUGUCCCAUCACCACAGACACCACCGACUGUACUCGGAUGGACUUGGUCAGCUCAACAAACCCAUCAGAGAUGGUGGAGGGCAUGUGGCUUGGCGUGACGGUGGCCAGCCAGAGGGACCAGCCAGGGGGACGCGUACUGGCUUGUGGGCAUCGCUAUGUGAAGAUCAUCCAGGGGGGCACAGAGGAGCAGCGCCGGAUGGUGGGGAAGUGUUUUGUUAGGGGCAACGACUUGACCUUUGACCCCAGUGAUGAGUGGCAGGCUUACAGCUAUGAGGUGUGCAACCCCAACUUUGACAUGGAGCUGGAGGGCAUGUGUAACAUGGGCAUCUCCGGGGGAAUGACGGACACGGACGUUUACAUUGGAUCUACUGGCAGCUACGUGUGGCAAGGUAAUGUUCAUGUCACCUGGAGAGAUCCAGAUCCAGCGAACUCCUGGGACUCCAACGUCAAGGACUUUGGACAGCUGAACAAACGUUACAGUUAUAUGGGUUAUUCGGUGCUGGAGGACAGGAAGCUGCUGCACCGUGAUGACCUCACGGUAGUGACGGGGUCUCCCAGGGAAGAGUCCAAGGGCUCUGUGACACUGGGCAAGAAAGAGGAUGCCAACAUCCUCCCGGUGCUGGUCAUUCCUGGAGAACAAGUGGGCUCAUACUUUGGGAAUAGCUUGGCAGUCACCGACCUCAACAAUGACGACUGGAACGACCUGAUUGUGGGCGCUCCAUUCUACUUUGACCGUAUGAAGGAUGAGGGUGGAGCCGUAUAUGUCUUCAUGAAUGAGAAUGGAUCCUUCCAGAAGACGCCGAGCCGGGUCCUGAAGGGCCCCGUCGCCUCCGCCUUCGGUUUCGCUGUGGCCGCCAUUGGAGAUAUCAACCAAGAUGGAUUCCAAGACUUUGCUGUGGGAGCGCCGUUCCAUGAGACGGGGAAGGUUUACGUUUGGAUGGGAAGUAAGAAGGGAAUCUCAGAGGAACCUAGUCAGGUGAUAGAAGGUAAAUCUGUGGGUACCAGAGGUUUCCAAACGUUUGGCUACUCCAUCAGUGGAGGGAUGGACAUGGAUGACAACAGGUACCCGGACAUCCUGGUCGGCUCACUGGACGACCGCAUCGCGCUGCUCAGGGCGCGACCGGUCAUCCACAUUUCCAAGAAUCUCACAGUACAACCAAAGAUUGUGGACCCUAAUCAGUGUCCUCCUGGAAACAAGCCAUGCAUUACAGUGACUGUCUGCUUCUCCUACACAUUAAGUAAUGGUAACAAAGAUUUCAAGAAAAAUAUCACGGUGAAGUACACGGUGGAGGCCGACGCUGAGAGGAGAAGGAGUCCUCGUGUUCGUUUUCUGGCCAAUAAAGACGACUCGUACACAGGCCUCCUCACCAUGGACUCCCCCAGAGCCCGAUGUCAGGCCCUGCAGCUCAGUGUGGUGGCUCCUGUGAGGGACAAAUUGGAGCCGGUAGUCUUCUCCCUCAACAUGUCUUUACAUGAACAGAAAGCAAAAUCCCGACGCUCCCUCCAGAACCUGGACUUCUUCCCAGUCCUCAGCCAGAAACAGAAACUCACUCAGAGGACUGAGAUCAACUUCCAGAAGGAGUGUGGUUCAGACAACAAGUGUUCCAGUAACCUGCAGCUAACCGCUGAUUUUGCCGACGACAAGGAGAUAUCCUAUCCCAGGAAGGGCGGGUAUCAGGUGCUGGAGUACAACAGCUCCGUGAAGAAGGUGAUGCUGAUGGUGGAAGUGACCAACCUGCCAGCUUCUGGAAAACUAGCUGAGGACGCCCACCAAGCCACUCUUAACGUCAGCAUUCCCGACACGCUCAGCUACUCGGCUGUCAGGUCCAAGGACAAUAUAGAAUGCCACCCUGAAGACACGGUGUUGUGUGAGUUGGGGAAUCCAUUGAAGAGCAAUGACAGGGUGUCUCUCCAGCUCACCUUUGAAACAACAGGGAUUAGUCUGUACACACAGGAGAUAGACUUCCAGCUUCAGUUGUCCACGCUGAGUGAGCAGGAUGACCUGAGUCCUGCCUUGGUGGUGCUGAAGAUAGAGAACACCAUCCUCCCCUCCUUCACCAUAGACAAGCGUUUGGUCCAGACCUUCUUCAGCGGGGAGGUGAUGGGCGAGUCGGCCAUGGUCAGCACCGGAGACGUAGGAAGUCCGGUGCAGUUCACCUUCAGCGUGGAAGUACGGGGGGAGCCGCUGAGGGACAUGGGGACUCUGGCUGUGGAGUUCCAGUGGCCGUUCGAGGUCGUCAACGGAAAAUGGCUCCUUUACCUGACGGAGGUCGCCUUCAGUGGGACGUCAGAAACGAACUGCGAUCCUCCAGGAGACGUCGUGAACCCGCUGAACCUGAAGCUGUUAGAGAACAGGAGUCGGCGUCCCAAGCGACAGAUCGCGGCGGAGGACGGCGUGGACGUCAACCAGCCUCAGCUCAUUGAACCGCAGGCAGCCAUCACACUUCUCACCCCACGUAAAGAGACCUACCUGCUGGAUUGCUCUGAACGGACGGCACGGUGCGUGACCUUCACCUGUCCGCUGGUCAACAUGACCAACACAGCCAAGAUCAUCAUCCGGUCUCGCGUCUGGAACAGCACCAUGUUGGAGGACUAUUCCAAUGCCUUGAGGGUCAAGGUCAAAGGUCAGGGUACAUUAAAACUAAUCACAGACAAACCAACCAUCAAGAUGGCCAGUGAAACCAUAGAGUUCACGGUGGACAUUGACCCGGUACUAGGAGAGGAGAUGCCCUACCAGAUCCCACUGUGGAUCAUCAUCCUGGCUGCUGUGGCAGGAAUACUUCUUCUUGGAGUCAUCAGUCUUAUUCUGUGGAAGUGUGGUUUCUUCCGGAGGGCUAGCAGGAGGGAGAUGUAUGAGGCCAAGGCCCAGAAGGCUGAGAUGAAGAUCCAGCCCUCUGAGACAGAGAGGCUAACUGAAGACUACUGACACCUCCUAAAAUGUGGAGGUCCUCCAACACACCAUGCGGGUUUCUGGCUUGGAUUUUUCAAGCGGGCUAUCUACUACCGGAUAAUGCCAAAGCACCGCGGGGUGAAGAUCUGCCAGGCUGAACGCUACCAGCUCAAUCUGGGCUUUCAGCCCGAGGAGCCGCAGAAGAAGUAUUGGAUCACCAACUGGACAGGGACUCAGCUUUACUACUGACCGCUCAGCCAUUUUCACCUCACAAACUUUUUGACGGUGGCCAAGUGAAGACAGAAGAUUUGAUUUGCAAGCCACAUGAGCUGCGGGGUGAAUGGACCGACCGUGAAUAGUGCAUUCAUUGUAGGACUUUAUUGUUUUCUAGAAAUUGCAGUUGAUUUUGAUCUUCAGUGCAAUAUGCCAAACCUUCAUCACACAGACUGUCAUUGUUCAGUAUUUUUGGAUGAAAGCAGUGUCGUACGUUGGAACAGAGACUAACUGUUUUAGAUUCAGUUGCUGUUGUUGGAUCUGUGUAUGGGAAAAGGCUUUUGCAUGAACACUUUCUCAUUCCUUUGUUGAUCAUUUUUCCAUCCACUUGUCCUCAGUGUGGAGCUAAUGAUAAUCACACACACACAUUUCCCUUAUUUCUGUUUUGUGUCUCAUCACAGUGGGUCUGUCUGCUUAACUGUGUGUAAUUGUUCUUUGGGCUCUAUCAGCAGGUAUUGGUUGGUUCUUACAGUAGUUUCGGAGAUCAUCUUUUAUAGUGUGAAUGCCACUCGUAUGAGUGAACAACAAAGUGCCUUAUCUGAGUGUUGGUUUCAUCGGUUUGCAUACAGCAAGUUUUUUACUGUGAGUUUCUGUGGAUCUCAGCAACAUCGUUGAAGCACAUGAUUAAGGUGUGGUUAGAGAUGAUCGACCUGCCUGCUUAACCUGAAUUUAGAACAGGUAAACUCAGUUCUAGUUUUCUGCUGUAAUUUCAAUCUAGCUGCCCCCAAACACUCCAUGUACCGCUAAUGGAGGCACAGUGGUGUUUGUGUAUCUCUGAAAUAGGCCAAUAUCUGGUGACGGGAUGACAGGAGUGUACUUGAAUUCUCAAAGGUCCUUUAACUGAUGAUUUUUAUUUAUUAUGUUCUUCUAUGUGAGCACCUGCAUAUCCCCAAAUCAUCACAUUCUGGGAGUCGCAACACUGGAACAUGUAUCACUGUGUCAUGACAUCGUAGGCUGUGGUUCAGAAGCAGUGUGUCAUCUGCAAAUCGUGACAUCAACAUGAGUUGAGCUAUUUAAGGGUUGGAAAUUAAUUCAUGUGUAUUUCUACAAUAUCUUCUGUUCUGUGUCCUGUUGUAUGUCUGCUUUGUAGUUUUAUACAAGUCAGCAAGGUACCACUUGUACUUUGUUUAAGCCCCGUUAGUGUUCAUCAACACUGAAAAUACACUGAAACUGAC